GGUCACUUCACAUGUCUCAUUUCGUCUAGAUUUUUAAGCAGAAAUUAUGUAAACUAUAAAGAACAAAACUAUAUUUCGACACUGAAAAUAAACACAAUAAUUUAUUAUUAUUUGAUUCAGAUUGGGAAAAUCAAAACAUUUUCUAGCGAACAUCUCUAUCAUUCAACGGAUGAAACAGUAGCUAAACUAAUUAAUAUCAAGUACUGGACCCCAAAAUAGAAGGAUACACAUGGUAACAAGAGCAACUAUUUAAUAGAAGUGUGUUUCGAUUCUCUCAUAAAAUUUAAGAUUGUAUAUAGCGUAUAAAAGCAAGAAUAAAUCAAAUGAUGUCCCUAUCUGCUGGAUUUGCCUUUUUACAAAUCCUUCUGGGUAAGUUCUUAAAAUAUAAUUUAUUUAAAACAAGAAAAAAAAAAAAAAGGAAAAAGUUUACAUAUAUAAAUAAACCAACAGUUAAGUUAUUUGAAACACAUUAAAAUUUAAGAUUGUAUAUAGCGUAUAAAAGCAAGAAUAAAUCAAAUGAUGUCCCUAUCUGCUGGAUUUGCCUUUUUACAAAUCCUUAUGGGUAAGUUCUUAAAAUAUAAUUUAUUUAAAACAAGAAAAAAAAAAAAAAGGAAAAAGUUUACAUAUAUAAAUAAACCAACAGUUAAGUUAUUUGAAACACAAAAGGAAAGCUAUAACUACAAUUUAUGGGACGUAAAAUAAAUUCAUCAACAUUUAUAUCAAAGCAUUUUUUUUUGUUUUAAUUCAACAUAAGGUAAUAUUUCAAAUCUUUCAAUUCAUUGUCAUGGACAUCUCUUGUCAUUGAAGAUAUCGACACAUUUCUUGUGUUAUGGAGUCAAAAAAACUUUUUUGAGAAUCUAAAGUUAGCUCAAUAAAAUACUGAUCUUUUGUUUCACUAACUUACCCCAAAUAACUUGUUAUAAUGAGCUAAACAUUACGAGUUAUUACUGAUGUGUAUUGCUGUUUUAAUAACUGUAUUUGUGCUACAACUCAACUGUAAGACGACCAGUUAACAGUUGGCAAGACAACAUCAAAGCAUUUUCAAAAACAGAAAUAAAAAAUAGAGCCAAGGGACUUGUGAUGAAUGUAGGAAAAAAAAGCCACAUGAAAAAUUAUUUAUUAACCGUAAUUUCAUUUUAAAUCGUUCAAAUAUUACAUUAAGGUAUAAUUAUAUAUAUAUGUAUGCAAUUACAUCCAUGUUGAUCUAAUUUUCUUUUUUUUUGAAAACGACUUUCCCCUGGGCGUAGGUUUUCCGUCUCACGACCCUGUAGUGAAUUGAGACGUGACAAACCAGUUGAACUUAAGGAAAUUUGAAGUGACAAACCAGUUGCACCGAAGAGAACGAUAAAAUAACAAACUAGUUGAAUACUUACUCAUGGCUGCCCAAGAUGAUAUUUGUUGUUUUUUUUUCCUCCAGGGAUACACGGAUUGGAGAUUACACUGGAUGAUUUUGAAAACAUCAACUGUGGUAAACCAGGAAUGGUGUGCAGAAACGCUGAGGUUGAGUUCAACAUAACAGGGAGGAUAAUUCUGGAGAAAGGGGAGGUAAUGCCACCCUUCAUUGCCUAUGAGCAUAAGUGCCCUCAAGUACCAGGCUGUAUAACUUACAAAGGACAGGGUGAUGUCUGGGAAUGGGUAAGAUGUGUUGCAUAUUUUAUUUCCUACAUUUUUUUCAACACAGCCUUCCCAAGCUACUUUAUACUAGUGCGUACUCUGUGCUAUUUGUUUACUAAUUCUCUCAGCCCAAGAGAUGUAAGCAGUAUUUUACAAUUGAAAAAAAAAUAUAGAUGCACUUUUUUUAUUUUUUUAUUUAAAAUUUACAACAAAAAGUAAUUUUUCAUCUUAAGAAACACCUUUCCAUAGAAGGAGAAUGAGUAAAUAUCCGUCUAUCAUGUUAACUGAAAUAGAUUUUGAUAGCUUAUAUAUUAGCUAUACCCUUUAAAGUGUGUUAAUUCAUAUGCAUGUAUCAUUAGCGUUGCAUUGGUGGUAACGAUGUUUCGGACAGCAACAGCUGACACCCUAAAGUGAGAAUGGGGGGUGGGGGUGGGUCUGAAUGGACUAUUGCAAACUGGUUAGACGUCUCUAAAAGUUUUGACACGUCACAGAGAUAAGCUAAAUGUAAGAAUUAAUGAUUCACACAUAUUCAUUAAAUGCUUGACUACGAUAAAAGAAAUGGAGAGAAAUAUAACAUCAAGAAGAUAAGUCCGAGGAGAAAAAAGCAUUUUUAUAAAUAAAAAUUUUUAAAAAUAAUAGUAAUAAUGCAGCCGGAAGUGACCUAAUGCAUAUAUUCAGGGUUGCAUUUUAUGAAGAUUGGAGCUCAAAAACUCUUUUUAAUAUUUAAAUUAUAGUUUCACUAAUUUAUGUUAUGACCGUUCUGAUAGAUAUUUUUCCCAUCAACAUGGUGUGUUAUUUCUUUUAGUAAAUCAAUGACUACAACCAAGGCUUUCAAUAUUAUAAUUUUGUUGCAUUAUAAAUGUCACAUCCCCUUUUAAAUGUCACCUCACCUUAUAGAUGUCACCUCACCAAAUAAAUGUCACCUCACUUUAUAAAUGUCAAUAUUUGUAAACCAGAGAUUGAAAUAUGCUGCUCUUUGCAAGCACUAGGAAAAAUGUGAAUGUUCUACCAAAAAUACAGAAGAAGGGAUAAAAAUAAAAUCCUCUAAUUAUUCAUUGUAAAAGAUCUAUGAUAAGGAAGACAUAACAUUUUGUACAGUGAAUGGUGACUGCAAAUCCGAAAAAAUGGAAAUGAAAAGGUGAUCAUGCCAAAUACUUGCAAGGAUAGUCUAUAUGUAGAAUCCAAUGACAAUCGGAUCCAACUCAUAGACUUUGCUUCAGGAAAAGGGAGGCCAAUCAUCAGUAACAAGUUUCCACACAAAAGUAUAAACAAAAAUUACUUGGAACUCACCCUAGGGUUGAUUUACAAACAAAUUGACCAUGUUUCAAUCGAUCGGAGGCAUGGAUCAUAUAUACUAAGUGUGAGACACUAACACAAAGCGGAUGCAGACUGUGCUUGGUAUAUGUGAGAUAUAAGAAGAGAGUAAUCAUAAUACACAAUGGCCGAAAUCAAAUAAAGAAACGAUGGCAACCAAAAUAUUACCAAAGAGCCAGUAACCGAAAAAUAGUAAGGACUUGGGGCGGAAGCACAACUAGGAGCAUCACAGGAGAAAGUGAACAGGGAAAACAGUAGACAUUCAUGGUAGGAUAAGAUGAAAAUGCUAUAAAGUAUAAGAAAAAAAAAGUAGUAUGAUUUCAGUAAACUAACUUAAAAUAAACUGGUUUGAUCAGGAAUGUAGAGAGACUGUCGGGAAAAAUAUCAGACGGCACUAAUGACCAGAAUGAAAAAUAAACCAUAAUUACGAGACAAACAUACAAUGAAUCCAAAAGGAAAAUCAGAAAAUGUGUAGAAAGAAAAUAUGGAAUGGGUAAAAAUGCCUAAACAAGUUGAAGACUUAUCAAGAGAGAAAACAUAUUUCAUGAAUGUGCAUAAAGAUAAAAGAUGAAAAGAAUGGAAACCAAGCCAUUCCUUAAACAUAUGAGAGCAAUGAUAGAAAAUGAAGUACUGUAGAGGUGGGCUGAAUAAUUUAAGGGCAUACUAAUUGCAAACAAGAUACAAGAAAAAGAUGAUCAAAUAGCAGACCUUUUCAUACACUCCCCAAAAUGUGAAGAAUCUACAGAAGCCAUCAAUUCUGUGGAAAAAAAACCCCACAAAGCCCAGGGAGAAGACCCCAACACAGCAGAAAUUAUGAAAUAUGGAGGAAGAGAUUUACACGCUCCGACGCAUAAACGUAUAACUAAAGAUUUGGAAACAAAAUGAAAAGUCAAACAGAAUGGGAAACAGCACUAAUAACCCCAAUACACAAUAGAGUUUAUACACUUAAAUGCACAAAAUACAGAGGGAUUCCCAUAUUAAAUGUUGCAUACAAAAUGAGGACAAAACAAAUUGCCAAGCGUGCAACCGUAUACUGAUGACGUACCAAGUGACUGCCAUGUUGAUUAAGACAAAACAGAUCAGUCGUUCACCAUCAGACGCCUACUAGAGAAAUUUUACGAAUAUAAUAUCCCAGCACAUCAACACUAUGUGGAACAUAAAACUGCCUAUGACAUCAUCCAUAGAAAAUAUCUAUAUCCGACUCUGCUGGAGUGUGGCAUACGCAACAACCUGACUCAGUGACUUGUAUCUUAUUUAAACUAAUACUAGAGAGAGAUAUAAGAAGCAUACAUGUUGACCCCCGAGGAACAAUCUCAAGAUAAUGUCUGAGAGAAAACCUAUAGCCACAAAAAUGGGCACUUUCUUAAAUAACCCACUCAAUACUUUGCAUACGCCGAUGACAUAUCACAGUUAGGGAAAUGUUGUAAAUACCUAUGGGAAGAUGCACCAUUACAUUAAGGGCUAAAAAUUAACAACAAAAUAAAAAUACAUGACUAUGUAAAAAGGAUAAAUAAUGCUUUUGAAAUAGUACAUCAAAUCAAAUACGAGAAUCCUUAACCAAUUUUUAAAAAAAAAUCAAGAAAGAAUAUUAGGGUGGAUACAGGAAUUACUUUAGCAGUAAGGAAAUACUCAAUAGCACAAACAUGACAAGAAAAACUAAUUAUUUCUAUAUAAAAAUAAUGAAAGUUAUUGCAACAUACGCAAGUUAAACUUGCAUCCUUACAAAAAGGGAACAAAACCUAUCAAACACGUGGAAAAGAAAAUCUCUCCUGUGAGUAUAUGUACCAUCAAAGGAUUGAUAUGAAUGGAGAAAUUUGUUGUUCGUCCGUCGAGCAUUGACGAGAUCAUCGAGUCGUCUGGUGACUGAAGACUUGCGCGGGUGACUUUUGUUUAAAGUGAGGAAGAGUUGCGCAGCGUCAACCUCACUCUCUCGCCCGGGCCCACCAUAUCCAGUGGCAGGACUCUACUUCUAGGUGACCAGGGAUGGGUACGGUUGCACGAAUUGUCAUUGUAUGCGCCUUAAGGGACUCCAUCUCCGGGUUUUAAUUCAGAGUUUCCUUCUCUUAGAUGAGUUGCCGACCAAGGUUAACGAGUCUCAUCCAACCGGGGUGAUGAUUUUGCUUGACUAGAAUAGAACUUGAGGUUUGCUCAGAUUAUCAACUUGAGGUUUCCUCAGUUUAGACCAGUCGGCCACCCAGUCACCCAAUGGAGAAUGGAGAAUACAAACCUAACAGGAAUAGUAUAGUGUAAAUGAAGAUCACACGCUAGUAGAAGAAAUGGAAAAAAGUAAGGUACUCUACGCUGUGUGGGACAAUAAGACAGAAUGACAAAAGAAAACCAUCCAUUUGGUCUGAGUGGAAGGAAAUUAUGAGUCAGGAUAAAGCUCUCCAUAAAUGAUAGAAUAAUAAAUUCACAAACUGAAAAUAAAUUCAGUAAAAUAAAGUUACUGAACGCUAUUCAGCGCCGCAACAGCUCAUGAUUUCAAUGUCUCUUAUCCCCAUUUCGAUUUCAAAUAAUUUUUCUAUCGUUAAAAUAUAUUUUUUUUCAAAAAUUCAAAAAAAAAACAACAGAUUUCCUAGGUUAUCCCGAAACCUCAAUAAAUUACAAACCCCCAUGGCUUAUGAACAUCAUCAUAUUAAUAUUCCCUGUAAGUAAAGGUCAAUUUUUCAAACUUGGUCGGUGCAGGUAUGUGCCCUGCGAUAUAUUAUAUUGAAAAAAAAACAUAUUUCUAUCGUAAUAUCCCAAUCUCAUCCAUUAAUGUAACCCACACUACUAAGGAAAGUAUUUAGAUGAUUCCCUGCAUGGUGUGAUACGGUUAGGAGCUGAUUUUCCGGGGCUUGAACCCACAUUCUCCAUAACUUGCACAUUAAGAACGAUGUUUUUGAUUGAUAAUUAAUUAUUUCGAACCAAAAUUUAAACUAAACUAUGUGUAGCUUCAAAAUGCAAUACAUAAUUUACAAAUACACUAAGAGUUUUCAUAUAAAAUAUAUGGAGGUACACAUAUGCUUAAGACGCAAGUUAGAGUUGUAAAAUUAUGCAAACCGACUGGUUUUUACAAAAAAAAAAUGAUUUAUUAAACGAGUUGAGAACUCAAUUUUGUUACUUUUUUUUGGAAAUGUACAAUAAAAUUUUCACAAGAUUUGUUUAAGCAAUAAUGGUUUGCGAAUUUGAGUUAUCGCUUUGUCCAAAGCUGUACAAUAAAAAAAAAAUUAGAAACAUUCUCGCUUGAGGAAGAACACGACAUACGUUUAUUUUGAACUAAGUCUUGCAAAGGAUGUACUUCUGAUUUCAGCGUGAAAGUAUUGUUGCCGGAGAAUGCAAUUGGGAGAAAAAGGAUUAUGGCUGCAAGCUAAUCAGCGGAAGAACCUACCGCUACUUCAUCUGGGGCGAUUAUUAUUAUUACUUUAGAUUUUGCACAGUGAGGGCGCGACUGGUUGAUGUCGAAAAGCCAAGAGAUAGACUCACCCCGAUAAAUGCCCCUGGAAUCAAAUAUGUCAGCAAUGAACUAAAGUUGUCGGAUUACAAAGGUGAGUAAGCAAUGAAAUGCUGUUUUCACAUACACAACCAUAUGUCAAUAUGGCAAUAAAAUGAUGUUUGGACAUGUACAAGCAUAUUCAAUAAAAUGAUGUUUGACAUACAUUAGCCUAUGCAAAUAAAUGCUGUUUUCACAUACACAAGCAAAUGUCAAUAAAAAGAAAUUUUCACAUACACAAUCAUAUGUGCACAAAAAUAAUGAUUUGAUUUGCAAAAGCUUAUCUCAAUACAAUGCUGUUUUGACACUUGCAAACACAUGUCAAUAAAAACGAUGAUUAAACAUACACACGCGUAUUUUAGUAAACUAAUAUACCGUAUUUGAUGUUCGUACUUGGCAUGCAAAUCUAAAAAAAAGCAUAUAUUCCAUUAUCAGUGAGCAGUUGACUUUAUAAACCUGUUUGUUCUUAGAAAGCUGGUCCAAAUGUCUUUGGGUCCCUGUGGGAUUGGAGCAAAUUUUUCCUUGUUUCACUAUCGUAUUCCUUGGGCGUAAGCGAUACAUUUUAACUCUAUAGAUAGUACUCAAAGAGUGAAUCCUUUUCAAACUUUGAAGAAUGCACUAAACAAGUGAGUCUUACGUCCUCUCUUGAGGUUGUCCUCCAUAAAGGAAUUCUUAUUUUAACCCUAAAUAUUGUACUCCAGUGGUGAGUUAUACUUACGCUCUAAAGAUUUAAGUUCAGAAGUGAGACUUAUGUAAACUUUAAGAUUUUAAUGCAGAAAUGUGAUAUCAUCACCAUCGUGUGUUAUCCUAAACAAUUAUUUGUACUGACUUUUAGUCGAUAUCCAUUGAUUUGAUGGAGAAUUUUAGACAAUGAUUCAAGAGUUUUUGUUUUAUCAUUGACAGAUAUUAACAUGAAAAUAAUGAUAUAUCAAUAAACUCUGUGAGGUUUCCCUCCUUUAAUCUAGAUGAUAGCAGUUAUUCUUCGGAUCUUGAUGAAAUGUUUGAAAAGGAAGACGCCAGUAUCCCAUGUCAUUACAUG